CUAUCUGCUGUGAAGAAUAGAAAGUAUUGCAAUUACUUUAAUUAUAAUCAUAUGGAAUUCUUCUGGAAACUUGAAUUCUUAGCAGUCCAUUAAACCACAAAUUAUUGACAGCGGGAAAUUUGAUGUGAGAUUUUUCAAAUGUAAACUACUCGACUCAGUAGAGGUCGGGAAACGCGGCAGUAGCCGACAACAAACGAUACUGUACAAUGUUGAGCGUUAUUCAAUAUCAUCUUUUACCGCGGUGUGUGCCUCAAGACGCGUGAUCGGAAUCCCGCGUGAGGAAAAAGAGCCCUGCGGUUGCUUUGGUUACUGUAACCGCUGCCACCUCGCGCGAUUAAAAUAAGCAGAAGGACUAAAUAUGCCCCAAGGUCAGUCCGCGGAAUCAAAGGAGGAAAGCGUUGACUUUUCUGACAUGCUCAGACGCGGCUUCGGUGGCCAUCGUCCAAGAUUCUUCCGAGUCUGUCGUACACUACAAAAUGUUUGCCAUUUUUUAUCUCGUGAUAUGCAUAUUAUUUUUUUCUUUGCCAAGUGUCGUCGUGCUCCGUCUAAUAGAUACUUUCCAUUGACGUCACGCCGACCACGUGUUUUUUUUUUGUUUACAAUGCCAUUUCGGAUGGGAAGAUAGUGUCUACAUACGAUGGCUACGAAGCAACAAGUGUAUACUGUACACAGUUUGGGCUACGGUUAUCGUUUGAUCUUUUCUCUCAAAAGUCCUUUGAAAAUAUGUUUAAGACAAGUUUCUAUGUCAUUACAGUGGGUUGCAUGUUCUUUGUUGUGAACCUCUUUAAAAGUGGAUCUCGACACUCGGACAACAAGAGAAUAAUGCGGGUCCCAGACUGAUAAAAGUUGAAAAACUGCUUGAAACACUUCUCUCGCUCUCCCUUCUCUUCCUUUUGCAAAUUGAUGAUCUCCCACCCUCAAAGACCCUCAAGCUCCGCCAGCUUCGGGUCCAGUUCAACGACGACGACAAGGUAAAAGCACCCCCACCCUGUCAGCGACAACUGUUCUUACUUUGCUCAGAGUGAGGAGAGCCGCUUCAGUAUCUCGCCUUCGACGACUGCGCCAAAGCACCUGCACAAGUAUCCAGACAAAGACUUUGCUCUCGUGCAGCAUUUUGUCAUUUUAAAGAAGAGGAAGUAUUCCCGCAGAAAUGCUCGUCUCAAAGGCCUCGUCCCCCGCUGUUGCCCUUUCUCACAGUAGCCAAACCGCUGGUGGUAUUCUCACCUACACUUCCGUAAUUUUUAGCAUCCCACCUCAGAGCACCUCACACCUCACACCUCACUUUUCAGGCAUUUUUUGAGACUUUUCUGCCACCCAGUUUUGCGCGGGAAGGGCCAAAACGGCCUUCUUUGCUAGAGUUGUGACGUAACAGUGGUAGUCUGAAGUCGAUUAAGUCAGGUAAAUUCCCGCUGAAGGUCCAGGUAUCCAAUGAACAGCUCGUCACUGACCACCAAACAUCUUGUUACACUGUCAGACUGGCUAAUGCUUCUUCGUAUCCCUUCACACCACCGUAGCGGAUUUGACGAUCACCAUAGCAUCAUGCAGCAGAAGCUGGAGAAACAGAGGUCUUUGCUAGAGCAGAAGCAGCGGCGGAAGCGUCAGGAACCCCUCAUGGUACAACCCAACACGGAGGCCCGGCCUCAGCGGACCCGGACGCGGCGCGGUGAAGACGAGGCACCGCUGGUGGAUUCGCCUCUCAGCAAUGCCAACGACAUUAUUGUCGACGGCAUUAAUGGUCCAGCAGCUUUUCUGGGAUCCAAAACUCCCCAAAAGGGAAUGAAAAUCCAGAUCCUUUCCACGAACCAGUCCCAGGCCCAAGUUAAGAAUCAGACCCCACUCAAACCUCAGGCUCCGCCGCCCCCCUCUCCAACUGCGGCCGCUGGGGACACAGAGAAGGCUGGAGACACAGAGACGCCGCACCAAACCAAGACGGACAUCCACGAACUACUGCGGAAACAAGGCCUGUCUGGCAGCAUGAACUUUGAUGAAUCCAGUGAGGACAAUGAGGAAGAGCGUCCACGAUCCCCGACGCCCAGCGAGGAGGCAAUGAGGCCCGCCUCAGCCACUAGCUCUAAGGAGCCGGAGGCUGUCGCUGGUGGCUCGCCUUCCUCCAGGAGCUCGUCUCUUCUGGAGGUGUCCAAUUUAGAGGAGUUUGUGCUGCUUCCCGCGCCACGAGGCGCCACGGUCAAAUGCCGGAUCACCCGAGACAAGAAGGGUAUGGACCGCGGUCUCUACCCCACAUACUACAUGCACAUGGAGAAGGAAGACGGCAAGAAGAUCUUCUUGUUGGCAGGGAGGAAGAGGAAGAAGAGCAAGACGUCCAACUACCUCAUUUCAGUAGACCCCACCGAUCUCUCCCGAGAAGGAGAGAGCUUCAUCGGCAAGCUGAGGUCCAACCUCAUGGGCACCAAAUUCACCGUGUACAAUAACGGUGCAAACCCCUGUAAGAAACUCGCUGCCAUGGAUGACAGCAACACUCGGCAGGAGUUGGCCGCUGUCUGCUAUGAAACCAAUGUGCUGGGAUUCAAGGGUCCACGAAAGAUGACUGUCAUCAUCCCGGGCAUGAAUAGCAACUUUGAGCGAGUGCCCGUGAGGCCCCAAAACGAGCAGGAGAGCCUGCUCAGCCGCUGGCAAAGUCACUCCUUGGACAACCUGAUCGAGCUGCACAACAAGGCGCCCGUGUGGAACGAUGACACCCAGUCCUACGUGCUCAACUUCCACGGACGCGUGACUCAGGCCUCCAUCAAGAAUUUCCAGAUAGUCCACGACAAUGAACCUGACUACAUCGUGAUGCAGUUCGGUCGAGUGGCUGAAGACAUCUUCACGCUGGAUUACAACUACCCAAUGUGCGCCUUGCAGGCCUUCGCCAUCGGCUUGUCCAGUUUCGACAGCAAGCUGGCGUGCGAAUGAACCGGACUGCCCAUUAGGCAAACGAGGUGAACCGUUUCCAAUUAAUGAGGACUCCCCAUGUCCACCGUUGGAAUCAAACUGGGCUUUCCUGCAGCGCUACCCUCAGGACAAACCACCUCAACAGACAUGCCCAACCAUUAUGACUCAUAUUUUAUUAUCCUUUUGUCUUGCAUGGCAAGUGCAUUAUUCUUACCUUAAUUUUUUGUGAAUAGCUUUUACUUUGUGACUUGUUGACGUGAAUUGAAAAUUGCACAGAUUUUUAAGUACUGUAAAUAAAAAAUCAUCACGUCACAAAUUUGUCCUAACUGGCCAAAUAAUAGAGAGAAUCUUUUUGAGCAACAGCUAUUUAAUACGUUUGCUUUUUAACAACAAAACUCGUGGAUGAACAUUUUGAAAUGAAGUGCAAUGCAUUUGAACAGAAAACAUAUUUCAAGUCCUGACACUAAGGGAUAACCUUAAUUCUUUUAAAACCGCUACUUGUGCUAGAUAACCCAAAUAAAAAUGUUUGGAACA